CAAUCGUGUCUUUAAAUAUUAAUGAACACCCAAACACAACGGCACACUGAAAUUAAUUGCGAACGAAAUAAGGAAAAGGUUUUACUCUUUUAGAUGUUUCUAGUGUGAUGACAAGUUCUUUUGCCUAGAAGGGAUAUUGUGAUAACAGUAUUCACUCUUAGUGAUUGGACACUUGCUAUAAAACAGCAUUCGGAAUCAGAUAGCGAAAGCAUCGGCAAUGGAAAUAUUAACCGUAGAGUUAAGUGAAACUGGAUGUUUGGCGGAAUACUUUCUCUGAUAGAAGGACGUAAAUUUGUGCGGCCUGUAUAUGCGCCAAAGAAAAAUGUAUUUCAAAUAAAUAAGGAAAAUAGUCUUGGAAGAAGAUAACUUGAUUUUUUUUCUGAAUUUAACUUGAAAGACAGGAGACUUGAACAAAUAAGAAGAAAUACUGGAUAUAAUUCAUGUAGAAGUUAAAAUUAUAUUUGGAAAGUGUGGGGCCGAAAAUCAAAUUGAACAAUAAAAUAUUGAUAAUAGAAAUACAUGUUGGUAACAUAAGGCCAAGAAAAUAAUUUUGAAUGAACCAAAAAUAUUUUUGGAUAAUUGUGCUCAUUUUUAUUUUAUAUUUAAGGCUAACAUAAACUGUAUGGAUGAAAUAAAGAGUAACAUUUGUUUUUAGAAAUAUUGCACGAGAAAUUCGUGAUGAAGAAGCGAUGAAGUCAUAGAAUUGCAACUGAUCAUUCUCAUCCUCUUGGGCGUUGAAUAUCGUUUAAAUGCUAAUUUGUAAAAUGAUAAAAAGUAAUUAAAUUUAUUGCAUUGUUUGACAUCUUUUCAAUGGAAAAAUAUUCAGAAGGGCGUUUAUGCAAAUAUUUCAAUACUAAAUACAAGUGAGACAAUAUCGAUAAAAGAAUUAUCCGAGGUUUUGUUUAGUUGUACCGACAGUAUUUUAUGACGGUUUCAAUGGUUGUAUUAAGUUCCAAUUGUUUAUAUUGAUCGCUGAACAAAGGGAAAAUGUUUAUCCGUUUAAAUAAAUCAAUAUUAUUACUUUAAUUUCUUUGAAGUGCGGACCAAUUACGCAUUAAUUACCAAUUUUUUUUUCGAGGCACCGUUUGUUAAAUAGUGAAUUUUAUUCCGGAUUGGAAUUUAAUGAAUUGUGGGAUAGUGUUUUUUUCUAAAUGUAAAUAAAAUAGAGAUGUAAUCGAUGCUUGGCAUUAAGUACAGACACUUAAAUAAACGACAUUGGGAUUAGCAUCAAGUUUCAGCAAAUGAAUAAAUAUUUGUUGAUGAAUUUUUUAUUAAUCUCUCUUAUGAGGGAUUACGAACAAAGCUUACAGAGAGAAUAAAACUAUAAAGUGUUGAUCGGGUAAUUCUUCGGAGACUCAUAUUGACAUAUGAAUUUCUAUACUUAAUGUUCUGCAGUUGCUAAAAGAAACGUUUAAAGUGUAUCAACAAACUGGAUUCCUAAAAUAUUGCCAUCACAUAUGAUAAAUAAAUGAAUAUAUUGAAUAUGGAUGUAAUCGGUGAAUAUGUACAAGUCAAAAAGAUGUUGAUUAUAUGCAUGCUGCUGGUUCUACAGUCAAAACCAGGCACCACAAACGUCAAUGUUACUUUACCCCAAGUACAAAGCUCUUCAUUAUGGUCAAUAUGGUGGAACUAUGACGGUAUCUCUGGGCCGACUAUGUGGGGAUCUAUGAACGGGGAAUGGUUUAUGUGUAGCAAGGGCAAGAAUCAAUCUCCUAUCGAUAUAGAACCACAAAUACUGCUGUUUGAUCCAACUUUGAAACACAUUGAGAUUGAAGGAGAUUUGAUGACCGGUACACUGAUUAACAAUGGCGUCGAUCUCACGUUCGAAGCGAACGAAACAAGUAUAUAUGCACCCGUAAAUCUUACACUUGGACCAUUAUCAUACAAAUAUACAGUUUCUCAGAUCAAAAUCCAUUUCGGCAGUUGGGACGGUGUAGGAUCGGAGCAUUCUGUUAAUGGCGAAUCAUUUGACGGUGAGGUUCAUAUAAUAGCAUAUAAUGCAGAUGUAUAUAACAAUUUAUCGCAUGCCCAAAAGGCACCACGGGGAGUUGCAAUAAUAGCGGCGUUUUUACAGGUUGGAAAUUACAAAAAUGAAAACUUUGACGUUAUAUCAGAGCUGAGUAAAUUAGUAUUAUACAAAGGCCAGAGAGCAAGGUUAAAGCAUUUCAGUUUAUUAUCAUUCCUACCUAACAGAGAGAAUUACAUCACAUAUGAAGGCUCAUUUACUCAGCCUGGUUGCUAUGAAACAGUCACAUGGAUGAUUCUUAAUAGGCCCAUAGGCGUGAGUCACGAGCAGCUGGAAGUAUUGCGCAAUUUACGUCAGAGAGAUAUACAUCACCCUCAGUCAUUCAUGGCUGACAACAGACGUCCAUUAAUGCCUUUAAACAGACGUACGGUCAGAACAAACAUCAAUUUCAAACGCGGAUGUUCAAUGGAACAAGAUAUGCAUUAUCAACUGAAUAGUAAACUGAGGGUGAAAAAAUGAAUGAAGCAACUGUGUUCGUACCAACCAGCAUUUUUUUAACCAGAAACAAAAUAAGAAGUAUCAGGGCUCAAUUGUCGAGAUAUGAUGGUUCAAUGUUGACAGUAACGAGCUUGAUGUGAUGUAGAAGCUAAUGUGACACGUAGGGGUCAUAUGUAACUGAUUUGCUAAUAGAAAAAAGGUUUAUGAAAUUGUUCAAACCAUACUUGCAUUCACAAGAGAAUGUUGCAGGAGUGUGCGGGGACAAUUUAAGCAUUUCAAGCGAUGCGUAUAAACAAAAGCUUCUACUAGAUACACAUGCAUUUUGUGAUUUUUUUAACAUGAACAGAUAAUUAAUGGCAUGAAAGUAUAACCUAAUCAAGUUCAUAUUUGGAAGCUUUGUUUUGUUCAACUCCAUAGCUGUCAUUAUGUGUUAAUAUUAUACGAAUUCCUUGUAAAAUGUUUCGUUUACGAACAAAAUACAUGUAGUAUUAGAAAAGUAUAACUUGGGUAUUUUAUGCAAUACGAAGAUGACUUGGUUACAUACAAGUAUUAAAGAAUUAUCAAAUGUAACAUAUGUGUAUUGUAAAGUCUUGCUUCAAUGUGAAACCUAAUUUUAAAUUUGUGUUAAUUUCACAGUUCUAGAGAUACGUUUAUAUACAUCAAAUUAUACGGAUAUUUAUUAUUAGCACGAUAAUAUAAUUACUGUUUUAAAACAUAUCAAUAACCGACAACGUUUGUUAAAGUGGACAGCCUUUUUCUCCGUAACUAUUCUAUGAAAAGCAAACCAUUCUCGAUACUAGCUUUAAUCUUACAUUUCUAUGUUUUCGAAAUACUUCAGAUAUACCACGGAUCACUAAAACAUAGCAUAUGUGUUAAAUAUUUUAUUGUCAAACCUUUUUCGAUUUCCUUGUAUGUGUUGACUCAUGUACCAGUUUCAUCUGUUCUGUUGUAGCUUUGCUAGAUUGUUCAAUUCAAACAUAUAACUAUUGCUUUGUAAUCCGUAGUUAUUUAUGCAUAUUUAUUAUCGAAAUGGUGCUAUUUUUG